AUGGAUCAACUAUUAAAUCUUGGAUGGAAAUUUCUUUUACCUAUUUCCCUUGGUAAUCUAUUAUUAACAACUUCUUUCCAACUCUUUUCACUCUCCAUCCCCGCAGGGGCGGAGAACCCGUUGCUGUCUCGGCUGUGCUACCGGAGGCUCUGGGGAAGUCGGAAUAGGAGAGCACUCAUCUUGGGGUGGGCUUACUACUUAGAUGCUUUCAGCAGUUAUCCGCUCCGCACUUGGCUACCCAGCGUUUACCGUGGGCACGAUAACUGGUACACCAGAGGUGCGUCCUUCCCGGUCCUCUCGUACUAG